AUGGUCUUUGAAGUGGCACCAAGGCUGGUACUGGGUGGGCACUCUGCCAACUCCACAGCCUGUUCUGUGCAAUCCCCGCUUCUGGAGUGGAAGAAUUUCCUCCGGAGGAAAGCGGCCAACGCCCUGUUCCACCCUUCUCCUUGGCCCAAAGAACAAUCUGUCAGAUUCUCGGGAGCUGUGAGCCUACGUCCAUCUCACGAAGCCCGCUCUGCAGCCUAUAGGACUUCCUUCCAGCUGGGGACACUCAGAGCUGCUCAUGUGGGAGCAGAGUCUGGUCCCAGGCACCGCCCUCAGAACAGAAGGCGAAGCCGGCUGGGGUCUAGAGCCAGCUUGGGAAUCCUGCACCACGCAGCCGCAGCUUUCCAGGGACCGGCCCUGGAAAACGCCGCCGGCGGUCGAAGCGCUUUGAAAAGAGCCGAGGGCCGCGGCUUGGCGAGACCGUGGGAAAGUCUCCUCAGGAGGAGUCAUCGCCCGGCCUCUUCCCGGCUCGCCUCCAACCUUGGCAGCCGGGCCACCUGUCCUCCCACCCAGCCGCCUACUGGUGCGGGCGACCUCAGGCAGCCCGCGCAGUGCGCAGGCGCCAGGGCUGGGGGCGGGGCGACCGCGCUGUCGGGCGGGAAGGGAACCGGCCGGCGGCCGCCUGGCGGGGCGCUCACCCGGGUCGAAGGAGCUGAGGAAGAGGUUUUGAGCAGCCAACAACCUGAGCGCUGUGGCCGCUCUCCUUACAGAAUGGAGAGUAUGGGUUUGGCUGUCUGCGAGGUUUUGAGGUAUUUAAUAGUUCACUGGAAGUGUGAAGCAGGACUGCCAAAGGGAGCAUCGCUAGAAGGGCAGCUAAAGGUUUCCAUAGACGCAUUAAGUUCUAAGCAGGCGCCGAGUUCUCUCCGUUGUGCGGUGACUAUUGCUUCUACAGGAAGUGUUUAUGGUGGCUUGGUCUUCAAGAAGUUUCUACGAGACAUACAACCUGUGCUGCCCAGAUUCUCUGCAAAGCUGACUUGGGCUUCAAAGGAGGGUGACCGUUCUCAAGACACAUCAGGCGUAACACCCUUCCAGAUGACUUUUAAGGUUGAUGAAAAUCCUCGAAGUUUGAUGACAGGCUGUCUGAUUAUAAAGCGUUUUUUACGAAAAAUCAUCAUAAUUCAUCACAAGCUCAAGUUUAAUUUCAGUUUGACGGUGAAUGAGAUCCUCUCUGCAGAGAUCUUUGGGGCAGAGAACGAGCCUAUUUUGAGACUGUCCAAUGGCAUCACUCUUGUUGUGGGCUUUCAGCAUUAUGUGAGUAAGCCAAAACUGAAUUCAACUGAAUCACACUGCAGCAGAAUCCACCCUGUGCUAGGACAUCCAGCUCUACUGUCCAUCCCUGAUGGCAUGUCUGACAUGGGCUUGCUGGGAAAACUGGCGCUGACUCCAGCUGCUGCUCUGUGCCCAAGCCCCAAGGUCUUCUCCAGCCAACGGGAUAGGAUUUCUUCAGUUUCCAUAUUUCUAUAUGGGCCUUUGGGUCUGCCUCUGAUAUCAGAUCAGGAGCAGCCAAGUAUCACUGUCUUCAGAGAUACCUCCUAUUUCAUUGACUGGAAGAAACACAAUUUGUUUAUGGUGCCCACUUUGGAUAUCAAUUUGGAUACAGAUUUGGUGAUUCCCGAUGUGAGUUAUCAAGUGGAGCCCAGUGAGAGGAAUCAGUCUCAGGAUGUGGACUCAGCGGGACCAGCUCUGCUACUUUUCCUAUUUGUAGAUUGCCACAGUGGAUUCCCAGUCCAGCAAGCAGAAGUCUGGGGACUCCACACUUUGCUCACAGCUCAUCUCAGUGCCAUCCUCUCAGAGAGCCGCAGCACCGUGCAGGAGUCCAUCCAGUCAGCUGUGGACCAGGUCUUGGAGCGGUAUCACCAGGCUGCCCAGGCUCAUCAGAGACUGCAGGGCUCCCUCUCUGUGGCUGUGAAUGCCAUCACGAGUGUGCUGACUGGAAGCACCUGCAGCAGCUUCAGGAACACAUGCCUCCGGGCUCUUGAGGCAGCUGACACACAGGAAUUUGGGACCAAACUGCACAGAUUAUUUUAUGAUACCACCCAGCACCGACUUCUGCACCACUGCUCAUGUGACACAGAACAGCACCUGACUCCAGAGAAAAAGCAUUCCACCCAGAGCACCGAAGACUGGCAUGGGACUAUCGGCCAGCAGUCCCAUGUGGAGAGCAGCGGGCAAGCAGAAAACAAGAAGCUCAAGAGAAGCCCCAGCCUGGGCAGGGAAGAAUCGCAAGCUCUGUGCUCCGCCAGGGAUCCGAGCCCUCCAGAGUGCACCGCACGCCACCACGAGCCCACUGUGGCCUCCCCCAAUGCCAGAGGAUCGCCGGCCCGAGCGGCCCAAAGCAGAGCCCUGGAGCCAGACGCAGCGAGCCCUGCGGGCGGCCUGGAGGUACCGCGGCGAGCGCAGGGCGGGUGGCAGCCUGGGCUGCUGCCGCUGGGUCCUCACCACUGUGUCCUCUGCUCCCGCAGGACUUGUGGCUGCAAGAGGUCUCCAAUCUGUCCGAGUGGCUGAGUCCGGAACGCAGGUUCUAAACGUCCGCUACUGAGGAUCCCAGCGGGCCAAAGCGCCCGGGACGCGUGUGUGGUGCCUUCUAGAGUUCAAUAAAGCU